UGGGAAUGACGUCACACCCGAGUCGGAAAUCAAGAUGGACGCGUCCAAGAAAACCUUUAUUUUGCUCGCUCUUUCGGAAUACAAACAGCUACUGAACAAAUAUGAGGCCCACCUCAGAAACACCGCAGAGGAAGAAAGGAGGCGCAGAAGGAUAUCCACCUUGCUACUGUCUACACAACAAGUCAUCAUGAAGACUGGACCUGAGUGGGAGGUCAUGCUGGACAUGGAUGACCUCACUUUUGCUCACCAUUUCCGAGUCACCAAGCCACAGUUUGACUAUCUCCUGAUGAAGUUGCAGGAGAAUGGCAUAACAAAGGAACACAGUAAAGGUCUACCACCAGUCCCUGUGACAAAGAAGGUGUUAAUGUUCCUGUGGUACAUGGCCAACCAAAACAGCUUUAGGGAGAUGUCGGACAAGUUUGAUGUCUCACAGUCAUCAGCACACAGAGUCAUCUUAGAGGUGCUCAAUAUCAUGUGUCCAAUGGGACAGCACUUCAUCUCCUGGCCAAAUAGUUGUGAAAAAGCAACAUCCGCUGAUGCUUUCCAACACCUCUGUGGCCUCAGUGGUGUCAUCGGUGCAAUUGAUGGGUGCCACAUCAGGGUGCAGAGGCCACCCGUAAGAGGAGGAGACUACAUGAACAGCAAAUCAUUUUACUCCAUUCUCCUUCAGGGGAUUGUAGACGAGAGGGGGCGAUUCCUUGACAUUUUUGCAGGACCACCAGGCAGGGUUCAUGACGCCAGGAUGUUAAGGUCCUCCAACUUCUACUCAACAUGGCAGGAGAAGAUAGGCGAGUACAGCUUGCUGGGAGACAGUGCAUACAUAGGAGAGGCGUUCCCGUUUCUCAUCACUCCAAAACCUGACAAUGGGGCUCUAACGGAAGUCGACCAGCAGCAGAACGCCAACAUCAGCCGUGGGAGGGUGGUUGUUGAAAAUGCUUUCGGCAGGAUGAAGUGCAAGUGGAGGCGUCUUCGCGAUCUGCAGAACACCCGGAUUGAUGCUAUGGUGAUGAUAGUAAUGGCAGCCUGUUUUCUACACAAUAUGUGCAUUGGUACCUCAGAGAUGUGCCUGGAACACCCACAGGGCUGCCCAAGGCAGGACGAUGAAAAUGUGUAGACCAAUAUCUUGUUUGUUAAGGGAAAAUGCUGCGCUCUGCUCUUUCAGAAGUUGUAACAAUACUCACCUCUACCACUGUAAGACAGUGGUAAGACUAAACAGUCACAGAGUGUCAGACCUGUCGCUGUGCAGUAACCCUGGAACAAAACUGUCACUUUGAAUGUACAUAUAUUGUUCAAUUUAAAUUAUUGUUACGCACACUUUUAAAUGUAAAUACUGUAAUAACUACCUCAUGUUUACAUCAUAUUUUGCACUACUAACCUCUGCACUAUUUUCUUAUUUAGCCUUGUAGAUUCUAGUCAUUGCUUGUUUUUUUAUUUUUGGGUUUAUUGUUGAUAUUUUUUAUACCUUUGUAGAAAGACAGCACAGUUUACCCAAGUAAAAUUAGUUUGUUUAAGGUUACCUGACCAAUAGACCUUAGACAAAUCAGUGGCCACCACCAUGUAUGAAAUUGGGAGCCCCACCUCUUCUUUACAAAUGCUGCACCCUUCCAGAGCAAACAAAAAAUCUGAACCUGCACCUUCUGUUCAUCGAAAACCAAACCCCAAUCUGUAACAUAAUACAAUGGUUAAUAUAAAAAAAUUCAUUCAUAA